AUGGGAUCCCUCACCGCUGAAAACAACAUUGUCCUCUCCGCCGACGACAAGGACACAACACUGGCUGACCGCAACACUCACGCCACCCGCGUCGCCGGCCUCGGCUCCGACCCUGAGAAAAAGGCCCUCUUUGCCAGCGUUACCAAGCGCAUCGAUUACACCCCCAAGUUUGGAACCGAGCUCCACGGUAUCAAGCUUUCCCAGUUGACUGAGCAGCAGAGCGAGGAGUUGGCCGCGCUGAUUGCUGAGCGUGGUGCGGUCUUUUUCAGAGACCAGGAUGAUUUGGAUUAUAAGGAGCAUGUCAAGCUCGGCAAGCGCUGGGGUCCUCUUCAUGUUCAUCCUUUGGUCCCUCAUACCCAGGAUAACCCCGAGGUCAUCGUUCUUGACUCUCGCCUCAGCCCUCCAAGCAGAUUCAACACGAACGACUCGUGGCACUCUGACGUCUCCUUCGAGCCCGCCCCAGCCUCAUUCUCGAUCCUCAAGUUUGAAGAGAUCCCUGAAGCCGGCGGUGACACGAUCUGGUCAAACGGCUACCAGCUCUACGAUGACCUCUCCCAGCCUAUUAAGACCCUUCUCGAGGGCCUCACCGCCACCCACUCCUCCGACAUCUUCAAGAUCCUGACCCAAUCUUCCGGCCGCAAGACAUUCGGAAAACUCAACGAUUCCGUCCACCCCGUCAUCCGGACCAACCCCGUCAUCCGGACCAACCCCGUCACGGGCUGGAAGUCUGUCUACGUCAACCCUGUUUUCACCCGCGAGAUCAAUGAUCUGAACCCAAUCGAGUCCAAGUGGAUCCUGGACUACCUUGCAGAUCUGGUCUCCAAGAAGUUGCAGUACCAGAUUCGGUUCCAUUGGAAGAAGAAUUCGGUCGCCAUUUGGGAUAACAGAUCGACUUAUCAUACGGGUGUGCCUGAUUUCAGACCUUACCACCGUCGUGGUGUUCGUGUCACUGUUUCGGGCGAGAAGCCUUUCUAUGACCCCGCCUCGGGAACUCAGGCUAAGGCUUGGGAGGUUACUGCCAAGGCUAUUGUUGCCAAGCAGGAGGCUACUGAGAAGGCCAACGUUGAGAAGGCCAACGUUGCGGCUCAAGACACUGCAUCUGCUACCACCGCUUAA